UAUGAUUGCAUUCUGUGUCCGCAAGGGAAGUUUUCUAACCAAACAGCAGACAUGGAUGAAUGCCUGCAGUGCCCACAAGAUCAAUACCCAAACAUGGAACGGGAUUCAUGUAUUCCAAAGGACAUCAGUUUCUUGUCUUAUGGAGAACCUUUGGGGAUCACUUUGGCAGUUCUUGCUCUUUCCCUUUCUUUCAUCACAACGUUGGUGCUUUGGGUCUUCAUUAAGCACCGGGAAACUCCCAUAGUCAAAGCCAACAACCGGAACCUCACCUACACUCUCCUCACCUCCCUCCUUCUUGCCUUCCUUUGUGCUUUGCUAUUUAUCGGUCAACCAGAGAAAGUGACGUGUCUUCUUCGACAAACAGCAUUUGGCAUGAUAUUUUCAGUGGCAGUUUCUUGUGUGUUGGCCAAGACAGUCAUUGUGGUCCUUGCUUUCAGAGUCACCAAACCAGGUUCCAGGAUGAGGAAAUGGGUGGGGAAACAACAGGCCAUUUCCAUUGUUCUUUCCUGUUCCUUGAUUCAAACUGUUCUUUGUUGUGUAUGGCUGGCUACAUCUCCCCCAUUCCCAGAUUUGGAUAUGCACUCUGUGACUAAAGAAAUUGUUCUGGAGUGUAAUGAAGGGUCAGUCACCAUGUUCUACUGUGUCUUGGGCUUUAUGGGCUUACUGGCCAUUGCCAGCUUCACUAUAGCCUUCCUAGCCAGGAAGUUACCUGACAGUUUUAAUGAAGCCAAGUUCAUCACCUUCAGCAUGUUGGUUUUUUGCAGUGUGUGGCUUUCAUUUGUUCCAACCUAUCUGAGCACAAGAGGGAAAUAUAUGGUGGCUGUGGAGAUAUUCUCCAUCUUAGCCUCCAGUGCUGGUUUACUAGGUUGUAUAUUUUCCCCAAAAUGUUUUGUUAUUCUGAUGAGGCCUCAGCUGAACAGUAGGGAGCAACUAAGAAGAAAGGAUUGA